AUCAACCACAACACCCCGGGACUAUUGGCGCAGAUCCGGGGAGAUGGGAGUGAGGACCGCCGCCGCGGACGAGCCGCGUGUGAUGAUAAAAUAUAAAUAACCAGUCCCGGCCACCUGCUAGUAGCCGCGCUUUUCUCGCAGACCGGCACCCCUCCCCUGAUCCUUAAGGCAUACCGCACACAGCCGUCCAAGAUGCAUCUCGCCUCCUCGCUGCUCUUCCUGGCCUCCCUGCCCAUGGGGAUGGCCGACAAGGGUAAACCGUGCAAGAAGGGUCUCAAUAUCCUCGCCAAGCAGGCCGGUCUCAAGUACUUCGGGGCGGCCACCGACUCGCCCGGCCAGCGGGAGCGUGCCGGCUACGAGGCUGCUUACGCGCAGUACGACCAGAUCAUGUGGAAGUCGGGCGAGUUCGGCCAGACGACGCCGACCAACGGCCAGAAGUGGCUCUUCAGCGAGCCCACGCGCGGCGGGUAUAACUUCACCGAGGGCGAGAUCGUGACGUCCCUGGCGAAGAAGCACGGCUACUACCUACGGUGUCACGCGCUGGUGUGGCACAGCCAGCUGGCACCCUGGGUCGAGACGACCGAGUGGACAGCCGACGAGCUGCGCCAGGUGAUCGUCGACCACAUCACGCACGUGAUGGGACACUGGAAGGGCCAGUGCUACGCCUGGGACGUGGUCAACGAGGCGCUCAACGAGGACGGCACGUACCGCGAGUCUGUCUUCUACAAGGUACUGGGCGAGGAGUACAUCAAGCUGGCCUUCAAGACAGCCGCCGAAGUCGACCGGCACGCCAAGCUGUACUACAACGACUACAACCUCGAGUCGCCUAGCGGCAAGACGGCGGGGGCCGCCAACAUCGUCAAGAUGCUGCGCAAGGAAGGCAUCCGCAUCGACGGCGUCGGCCUGCAGGCGCACCUGACGGCAGAGCGCCAUCCGACCCUCGACCAGCACAUCGACGCCAUCUCGACCUUCACCCAGCUCGGCGUCGAGGUCGCCCUCACGGAGCUCGACGUGCGCGUCACGAUGCCCGCCACGGCUGAGAACCUCGCUCUGCAGAAGGAAUCCUACAAGAACGCGGUCGGCGCAUGCGUCCAGGUCCGCGGCUGCAUCGGCGUCACCAUCUGGGACUUCUACGACCCUUUCAGCUGGGUGCCCUACACCUUCCCCGGCCAGGGCGCCCCGCUGCUUUGGUUCGACGACUUCACCACUCACCCUGCGUAUGACGGUGUGGUCGAGGCGUUGACCAACAAGACAGGUCGCGGGAAGGGCAAGGGGAACAGCCGUCGGGCGCGGUUGUGGUCUGCUUGAGCGGGCGGAGGAGAGCUAGUGCACAUGACAUUUAAUAUAAUAAUUCGAGGUUUGUAUAGCUUACCUGUCUCGUAUACUAGUAACCAAUGCAAGAUCAAAUGAUCUCCAUCUCCGUAAAUUCAUCCAGACU